AAGGCACAAGGGACCCGAAAACAACCAAAAACAGCCAACACCCAACAUCGCCACAGCAAAAGGGAUGACAGAACAACCAAAAACCAGCUAAGACCCAACAUCUGCCACAACAAAAGGAAUGACGGAAGUAGGAAGAGAAGACAACAGCUGAACCGACCCAAGCCCAGACCUCGAAAGAGCUACCAAAGCAUGCCACCCGAUUUAUAAAUAUAUAUUUAUAUAUUUAUAAUUUAUAUUUAUACUCAGUAUGCUCACAUUGUAUUUAGUCCAUCUUAGAUCCCCUAGAUGGUUUUUUGACUUUGUUUCCGUGUGUUACUUGAAUACAGAUAUGGGCAAGGACUAGUUUCCUCACCUAUCAUUUGUCAUAAAUUGAGGCGGCUUUAAAUCUUCCUCACCCUUCAACCAAUUAUGGCUUCUGAUCUCAAAGGAACAGCUGUUGUGAUUAUGGGUGUUAGUGGCGCUGGGAAAUCCACAAUAGGUGAGAUGCUAGCAAAAGUUAUAAAUUGCAGUUUUCUUGACGCGGAUGAUUUUCACUCUCAAUCAAGCAAAGAAAAGAUGCAUAAAGGAAUCCCUUUAUCAGAGGAAGACCGUACUCCAUGGCUUGAAACGCUACGAGAUGUCCUAAGAGCAAGCUUAAUUGGUGGAGAAAAUGUAAUUCUUGGGUGUUCUGCUCUGCAGAAACGGUACAGAGAAAUUCUUAGAUCUGCUCACACAAACUAUGAACCGGGAAGCUAUGUUUCUGUUGUGAAGUUUGUUUUGUUGGAUGCUCGGGCUGAGGUUCUCUCUGCUCGUCUAGAGAAAAGAGCAGCAGAAGGGAAGCAUUUCAUGCCUGCUUCGCUCUUGCAAUCUCAACUCGAUUUGCUUCAGAUUAAUGAAUCUGAGGGGAUACUUAAGGUUGAUGCUACAUUAAGUCCUCAGACAAUUGUGGACACCAUAAGAGCUUUGAUUUUCUGAAGCAAGAAUUUACCACAGGUGAGAAUUUGUUACCAUAUUAAAAUGAUUUUUUUUCCCAAGGAUCAUGUUGAAGUGGUGUCUUUGGUUUAUUUAAUGUAGAAAAUGAAAAUGAUUCCUGAGAAAUAAAUACUUUGAUGAAUUUGAUCCUAAAAUCCUAAACUUUGGAGUCA